AUGGGCCUUUUCCUUUCUGAUGCAGCCGAAGUCAUUUUGAAAAAGCUGAUCGCAAAACAAGAAGAGAUCAAGGAACUACAGCAGAAACUGAAGGAGUUACAAGAAGAGAACUCAAAGACCGUGGAGCAGAACCUUGUUUUAGACAAUCAUCCGAAAAACACAGGAAUACCAGUCGCUCUUUGCGCAAUGUACAGCAAAUACCCAAACUGUAUGCUAAUACUUGAUAUAUGCGUUCUACAACGGAAAAUAUCCAAAGUGAAAGAAGAAUUAAGUCGUAUUGAUUUUAAUGAUGAGGAGUACGAAGAAAUAUCAAGCUUGAACAAGAAGCUUUUAAGACUCCAGCAUGAAAAAGAAGAUGCUCUUCAGGUGAAGAAAGAUUACGAAAACGAACUUGAAGAAUUGAAGAAAAAUUAUGAGGAAGAAAAGGGAAAAUUAAGAAAAGAAAUCGCUAAUUACUCACAAUAA